CUCUACAGUAUAUGUAGUUGUAAGCUUAAAGUUAUAAACGAACCUCGUAGGCAGGAUAAUAAACAAUAGUAUUAAUUCAAAAAUAAUAAUAAAAGAUGGAAUAUGAAAGUGUGCUGAUUGUAAAGCCCGAGGUAUUUAUAUAUAAAAUACCGCCACGCGCUAGCAACAGAGGAUACAGAGCAGCGGACUGGAACCUCAAAGAGCCCACCUGGACGGGACGAAUGCGCUUGGUGGCCAAGGGCACUGCCUGCAUACUGAAGCUGGAGGAUAAGACGAGCGGCGCUCUCUUUGCCAAUUGCCCCAUCGAUACAUAUCCCGGCGUGGCCAUCGAAGCGGUCUCGGACAGCUCACGCUACUUUGUUAUACGCGUCCAGGACGACAAUGGACGAUCAGCGUUCUUGGGUUUGGGCUUUGGUGAUCGUUCCGAUUCGUUCGAUUUGAAUGUGGCGUUACAGGAUCACUUCAAAUGGGUCAAAAAUCAGGAGCAAAUCGAAAAGGAGAAAACCGAACCCAAACAGGAGCUUGAUCUGGGCUUCAAGGAGGGCGAGACCAUUAAAAUCAACAUGCGGAUUACGAAAAAGGAUGGCUCGGAGGGAAGCUCGCGUACUGGCAAGGGCAAAAGUACUGGUGGUGUGCUACCACCGCCACCUGGUGGCUUGGCCAAGAUCGCACCACCGCCGGCAGCGCCGGCUGCAGCGACACUGCGCCAGAGUCCGGCCGCGUCGCCAGCACACAGGACAAGCGGCGGCGGCGGCGGUGGCGCUGGCACGGAAUGGACCGAUUACGCAUCCGCUGGCGGCAAUCAAGGUCAACAGAAUUCGGCAAAUGCCAAUUGGGUUCAGUUUUAGGCUGGGACCAGCGCAAUGCGUCACGCACCCGUUUUAUG